AGAAAGAGAGUUUUGGAGCAUUAGUACAGCUGAAAGAUGCCUGUCUUCAUGUUAGAAUAUGUAACUAUGUGUCGCCAUCUGAAAUACAUCUUCAACUUGUCCAGACAGAUAAGACUGCUUGUCAAGAGCUAAUGAAGAAAAUGCAGAUGACUUAUCGGAACACUAAACCUGAUAAUAUGGUCAAGUGGGAAGUGGGUUGGUUUUGUGCUGCCUUUCUCAUGUCUAAAAACAUUUGGUACCGUGGUAAAAUCACAAAUGUAACUCCAAAGAAACAAAGCUUUCAGGUGUUUCUGAUAGACUAUGGAAGUACACACAUGAUUUCUGAGCAUAAUUUACGGAGAGUUUACAAGCAGUUUCAGACCAUUCCUUGCUUGUCUUUCUGCUGUAAACUGUCUGACUUGAGGCCAGGAAACAGUCAUUCUGACCCGAGGCUAGGAAACAGUAAUUCUGACCCAAGGCAAGGAAACAGUAGUUCUGACCCAAGGCUAGGAAACAGUUAUUCUGACCCAAGGCUAGGAAACAGUUAUUCUGACCCGAGGCUAGGAAACAGUAAUUCUGACCCAAGGCUAGGAAACAGUAAUUCUGACCCAAGGCUAGGAAACAGUAAUUCUGAUCCGAGGCUAGGAAACAGUCAUUCUGACCCGAGGCUAGGAAACAGUAAUUCUGACCCAAGGCAAGGAAACAGUAAUUCUGACCCAAGGCUAGGAAACAGUAAUUCUGACCCAAGGCUAGGAAACAGUAAUUCUGAUCCGAGGCUAGGAAACAGUCAUUCUGACCCAAGGCUAAGAAACAGUAAUUCUGACCCAAGGCUAGGAAACAGUAAUUCUGACACAAGGCUAGGAAACAGUAAUUCUGACUGGAGGCUAGGAAACAGUAAUUCUGACCCGAGGCUAGGAAACAGUUGUUCUGACCCGAGGCUAGGAAACAGUUGUUCUGACUCGAGGUUAGGAAACAGUUGUUCUGACCCGAGACUAGGAAACAGGAAUUUUGACUGGAGGCUAGGAAACAGUAAUUCUGACCCGAGGCUAGGAAUAAGUAAUUCUGACCCGAGGCUAGAAAGCAGUCAUCCUGACCCGAGGCCAAGAAAGAGUAAUUCUGACCUGAUGCCACAAAACAGUCGCACAGAGUGGCCAUCAUCAACUAUCAUGAUAGUUAGAAAUACUAUACAGAAGAGGAAUAUAUUUCUAGAGAAGAAGGGAAAAGUUCAAGAUGGCAAGGUUCCUGUUGAUCUACUGAUUGAGAAUGAAGAUAAACAUACUCAAGAUAAGAAAUACAUGUCUCUAUCAUUGUUUCUCGAACUGAAAGGACUGGCUGUAAAAAAUGAAUCAACAUUACAAGAAUGAUGUCUGAACCUGGAUUUGAUGCAUUGUAAAUAUUUUGACAACAGAACUUGUGUGAAGCUUUGACAGUUGACCUCAAAACAAGUAUCUUAAGUUUUAGGUGAAGUAGUAAAAUCAUUUCAGUUGUGCAGAUAUACUCAUGAUCAUGAACGAUUUUUGCUAUACAUAUUCCAAAAACAAAACUUCGGAAGAAUUUACCAACAUCUCUUGGAAUAUAAGGUCACUCCAGAAGUUAUUGAUAUAAAAGCAACAUACUAAUUGUAAUGAAACUUUGGUACAGCAGUACUCUUUUCAGUUAAAUGAAAUGCUUUGUGUAUGGUGCACGAUUCAGCGUUUUUUGUGAAAUAAUGAAAAUCGUUGGGAUAUUCAAUAUUAAAAAAAAAUUCAGGAAAUGAGAUGACAGAUAAAGAAUAGUUGAUGUUGACAGACAAGUGGUGAUACGAUGAUGUAAAGAAAGAUAAAAAGAAAAAAAGAAAUCCAGCAAUGCAUACAUACAGAGCAUAAGAAAAUGAAGUGAUUAAUUUUAAAAUUAAGUUAAUAUAUAGAUAGAUAGACUUGUUUGUUUAAGCUUACCGUUGCUUUUGCAUUUAUGAUUUCCAUCAGAUGCAUGGACAAAAAAUCAUGUUUGUUUUCUUGUUUAUAGUUGUAGCAAUCAGUGUGAAAUAAUGCUUUGUUUGAACUUUAUUUAACUUCCAAAGUCUUUAUUUAUUUAUAAUUUUGUGUUAUAUAUACCUUUCAAAAUAUUCCUAGUUACACUUUGUUGUGGCUGUUGUUUUCUUAAAAAAUAUUUGUUCUAUAUGAGGCACAUGUAGUGCGAUUGAUUCUCACUCAAAAGAAAUAUAAAAUUUUAGGGACUGAGGCAGGAACAUUAUGACAUAUUAUCUAUGUUUGACAGAACAUACCUGUUAAACUAUUGUUUGCGAUUUUCUAUAAAAAGUUUUGCAGUCCUAAAUAAUACUGUGAUGUUUGUAUGCAUGUUUAUUUAGUUUUCAAAAGUUGGACAUUGGUGUCUCAGUGUAAGUUGACUGUGAUUAUGUUAAAUACAAAAAUAUUAAAAUAAUUUGUUCACUUGAAA